AUGGAGAACUCAGGUCCAGGCGAUGAGACCCGGAAACGCAUGAGAUUGGAGCUCCAGAAGGAAAUCUGCGGAAAAACUUUUCAAGUGAGCUUUUCUUUUAAUUUAAAAAUUUUUUAA